CUGAACUUUGCGGGAAUUGCCAAAAGAAACCUGGACAUAUGGGCUAGCCAAUAAAAUCAUGAACUUUUGUUGACUUUUCGGGUUUAUUAAUAAACUUACGAUUGACUGACCAGAUUAACACACCGUUAACCGAGUUAACUGUUAAUUAAGCGGACGUUUAUUUUGGGUGUUAAAGUAUACGACGUCGUUUCAUCACUUUGUCUGAUUAAAGACAAACGACGUCGUUUAUAUAGCUGUGUUAUUAAAAAUAUGGGUUUCCUACGGCUCGAACUCGUGUACUCGGGUUUAAUGGUAGGGGUUUUUGCCACUGAGCUAGUGGACUUUGCGAUAGAUUUACGAACACAAUUUCUUUUAUUCUUCGAAUCCGAGUUAAAGACAAAUUAAUGAAACGACGCGUUUUAUAUUAACUUUUUAUUAAAAAGAUGGGGUUCCAUCGACUCGAACUCGUGCACUCGGGUUUAAUGGUAGGGGUUUUUGCCACUGAGCUAGUGGACUUUGCAAUGUAUGUACGAACACAGUUUCUUUUAUUCUCUUUGAAUCCGAGUUAAAUGAAUCAAAAAGAAACGACGGCGUUUUCUCCUCCGAUUGGUAUAAACCCUAAAUGGGCGAAAUCAUAAAUCCAGUUCGCGAUUCAAGCUCGAUUCUCUUCGAUCUCGUCCUUAAGAAUCUCGAUUCUCAUCUCUCCUUCUUCGAGUAUCGCAUGAUGAGUUCGGGUUGUGAGGAUUCGUCUGUGAAUACGAUGGGAAUUCGUGGUAUCCCGGAGCAAUGCGGCUGUGGUCGAAGAACUGGGAUAUACACAUCAAAAACGAAGGUCAAUCCAGGAAGAACUUUCUUUAGAUGCCCAACGUUUCAAAAUGAUCACUUGUAUAAAUGGGUAGAUGAAGCUGUCUACGAAGAGGUUCAAGAUGCAUUGCCAAAAGUUGAGUGCUUUGCAUCAGAUGUUAUGAAACUUAAAAUGGAGAUCGAAAGCAUGAAAACCGUGGAGGAAGAGUUGAAAGAAGAUGUCAGGAAGGCGAGCAAUGAACUUAAGAAGCUGAAUGUGAUCAUGAAAGUGGGUUUUUCGGUGGUUUGUUUAUGCGGUGUGAUAUGUCUUGUGUUGAUCAUGUUUGACAAAGCAUAUGGGUUGUCUAUGAAUAGCUACUAGGAGACUCUGUUUAUGUAAGACUAUGUUUAUGUAA